AGGAGGGUGCUGCAGAUCGACAGUCUAGAGUGGAUCAGGCUGAAGGAUGAGUAGGACUCAGCUGUGGCUGCUGGCCUCUCUGGCCUUUGUCUCUCUGACUUCUCUGGCUGAUGGAGCUCCAUUGCAGGUGAUGUCUGCCCCUAACUUGUUGCGGGUAGGAACAGCAGAAAACAUCUUCGUGGAGUGUCAAGACUGCACCAGGGAAAACAUCCCGGUCCAAAUCAACGUGUUGAACCAUCCAACCAAAACCAAAACGCUGACAUCCACAUCUGUGACCCUUACCAGUGAAAGAAACUUCCAGGAGCUCGGACAAAUUAUGAUCCCUGCUGACAGCUUCAGUAAGGAUCCUACCAUGAAGCAGUAUGUGUACCUGCAAGCUCGGUUCCCUGACCAACUGCUGGAGAAGGUGGUCUUAGUGUCCUUCCAGUCUGGGUACAUCUUCAUCCAGACUGACAAGACCCUCUACACCCCCAACAGCAAAGUUUAUUUUAGGAUGUUUGCAGUGACCCCCCGUAUGGAGCCCGUAGAGAGGGAUGCCGAAGCCCAAACUGAUGCUACUAUUGCCAUCGAGAUUGUGACCCCUGAAGGCAGCAUUUUACCACUUGAUACAGUCCCUUUGAGAUCAGGGAUCCACUCUGGAGUUUUCCCACUCGCUGAAACUAUCAGUACUGGACUGUGGAAAGUGGUGGCGAAGUUCGAGAGCAACCCACAGCAGAGCUAUUCUGCAAAGUUCGAGGUCAAAGAAUAUGUGCUGCCCAGUUUUGAAGUUAAACUGAUACCUGAAAGCUCCUUCUUCUACGUGGACAGUCGAGAGCUCACCGUCAACAUCAAAGCUGGGUAUCUCUUUGGUCAAGAGGUAGACGGGACGGCCUACGUGGUGUUUGGGGUUAUGCAAGACGAUCGUAAGAACAGCUUUCCAAGUUCUGUUCAGAGAGUGCAGAUAAGUGAAGGUAUUGGAGUGGUCAAACUGGAGAGAGAGCACAUCACACAGACCUACCCAAACAUCCUUGAACUGGUGGGGAGUUCCAUAUAUGUAGCUGUCAGUGUGCUGAUGGAGAGCGGUGGUGAAAUGGUGGAGGCGGAGUUGAGAAGUAUCCAGAUUGUUACAUCACCUUACACUAUCACCUUUAAGAAAACUCCCAAAUAUUUCACCCCAGGAAUGUUCUUCGAAGUUGCGGUUGAUGUUGUGAAUCCUGAUGGCACUCCGGCAGACCGUGUUCCAUUGGUGGUCGACCCAGGCCAGGUGGAGGCUUUAACCACAGCCAACGGCUUGGCAAAGCUUUCCAUCAAUACAGGGAGGGAACCAAGACUGACAAUCACCGCAAGGACCAAUGAUCCUCGUAUUUCACGUGAAAGGCAAGCAUCAGCCACCAUGGUAGCUCUCCCAUAUACCACUCGAAGUAACAACUACAUCCACAUAAGUGUGGAUACAGCUGAGCUGGAAUUAGGAGACACCCUGAAAGUCACCCUCAUCCUCAAGAGGCAGGAAAAUCAUGACAAUGACAUCACAUACCUGAUCCUGAGCAGAGGUCAACUGGUGAAAAAUGGCCGUUUAAGGACAAGAGGCCAUGUAGUGAUUUCCCUCAAAGUCACCGUUACCAAAGAAAUGCUGCCAUCAUUCCGCAUCAUAGCCUACUACCACACAAAUGGCAAUGAAGUGGUAUCAGACUCUGUUUGGGUGGAUGUAAAGGACUCCUGCGUGGGCUCGCUGAGGCUGGAAUCAUCCAGACCCAACCCGUCCUAUGAGCCUCGCAGGAUGUUUGGUCUGAAGGUCACUGGAGACCCAGGGGCCACAGUGGGACUGGUGGCAGUUGACAAAGGCAUCUAUGUCCUAAACAACAAGCACCGUCUCACCCAGAAAAAGGUGUGGGAUAUUGUAGAGAAGUACGACACCGGCUGCACACCAGGUGGAGGGAAGGAUGGAAUGGGUGUGUUCUACGAUGCUGGUCUGUUGUUUGAGUCAAACACAGCUUCUGGAACUCCCUACAGACAAGAAUUGAAAUGCCCGGCCCCCAGCAGGAGGAAACGAGCUGCUACUAUAAUGGACGUCACAACCAGCUUAGAUGAGGAAGAUGACAGUUACGUGGACAGAAAUGAAAUUGUUUCUCGCACCUACUUCUCUGAAAGUUGGCUGUGGUCAGACAUCAUACUGCCUGCUUGUCCUCAGGAAAACCCUAACUGUGACACUACAACAUCGAUGAAAAAUGUUCCUUUGAGAGAAUCAGUGACAACCUGGCAGUUGACUGGCAUCAGUCUGUCAAGAACUCACGGAAUCUGUGUUGGCGAGCCGUUAGAGGUCAUUGUCCGGAAGGAAUUCUUCAUUGAUCUCAGGCUGCCGUACUCUGCUGUCCGUCAAGAGCAGCUAGAAAUUAAGGCAAUCCUUCACAACAACAGCCCUGAUCCUCUCACUGUACUUGUGGAUCUGACUGAGGAGGAGCAUGUAUGCAGUUCAGCUUUUAAACGUGGGAAGUAUCGCCAGAAAGUCAAAAUGGGGGCCCAAACUACACAAGCUGUACCCUUCAUCAUUAUUCCUAUGAAAGAAGGAAAAUAUAACAUUGAGGUCAAAGCAGCUGUUAAAGAUUCUUUGCUCAAUGAUGGAGUCAUGAAGACGUUGCUGGUGGUGCCUGAAGGCGUGCUGGUUAAAUCUUCUCAGAUUAUACUCCUAGACCCCACUACUAAAGGUGUAGGUGGUAAACAAGAAGUAACUCUCAACAGUGGAAUUCCUUUCAAAGAUUUGGUUCGAAACACACCUACUAGCACACAGAUCUCGGUGACAGGGAGAAAACUAGUUUCUGCGCUGGUGGAGAACGUCGUUAGUGGGAACUCUAUGGGUUCUCUGAUCGUCCAGCCCAGCGGAAGUGGAGAGUCGAACAUGGCCGCCAUGACCCUACCAGUCAUUGCAGCCACAUAUUUGGACAAAACCAACCAGUGGGAAACUGUGGGCUUUCAGAAACGUAACGAAGCCCUCCAACACAUCAAGACCGGCUACCAGAAUGAGCUUGCCUACCGUAAAAAUGAUGGGUCUUUUGCUGUGUUUCAGCAGAAAGAGAGCAGCACCUGGCUGACAGCUUAUGUUGCCAAGGUGUUUGCCAUGGCUGAUAAUCUGGUGGAAAUGCAAAGGCAACACAUCUGUGAAGCCAUCAAGUUUCUGAUUCUCUACACACAGCAAACUGACGGCGAGUUUCGAGAGAUUGGAAAUGUGUACACUAAAGCAAUACAAAGUGGGGUGGUAGAAAGAGAGUCAGAUGCCUCCAUGACGGCCUUCUGCCUCAUUGCCAUGCAGGAGUCUCGCCCACUAUGUGCUGCCAGGGUUGAUAUGCUGCCAGCCAGUAUACACAAAGCAGUGGCCUAUCUGGAAAGGCGUUUGCCCCACCUCACCUACUCAUAUGCUGUUGCCAUGACGUCAUAUGCCCUGGCCAAUGAAAACAAACUGAACAAGGAGAUCCUCCUCAAAUUUGCUUCCCCAGAGUUGUCCCACUGGCCAGUAUCUACGGGACACGUUUACACACUGGAGGCCACAGCUUACGCUCUUCUCGCUCUGGUCAAGGCCGAGGCAUUUGAAGAAGCCAGACCUGUUGUCAGAUGGUUCAACACACAGCAGAGGGUUCACGGAGGCUAUGGAUCAACUCAGGCUACUAUAAUGGUGUACCAGGCUAUAGCAGAGUACUGGGCUAGUGAUAAAGAACCAGACUAUGAUCUGAAUGUGGCCAUCUUGUUGCCGGGUAGGUUAAGGCCUGACAGGUACUACUUCAACAGGGAUAACUACUACCUCACCAGAACAUCUAAAAUGAUUGGUAUAAACCAGAAUGUAACAGUAACUGCAACAGGCACAGGAGAAGCAACGGUGAAAAUGGUGUCUCUGUAUUACGCUCUGCCUAAAGAAAAGGAGAGUGACUGUCAGAAGUUUAACUUGUCAGUGCAGCUCCUCCCAGAUAUGGAUGGGAAUGAGAACAUAUACACGCUGAGAAUGGAGAUUUUGUAUAAGGACAAGGACAGAGAUGCAUCCAUGUCAAUCCUGGAUAUUGGCUUGCUAACUGGCUUCACCGUUAACACAAAUGACCUGGACUUAUUGUCUAAAGGAAGAGCCGGCAUUAUUGCAAAAUAUGAGAUGAACACAAUCCUGUCAGAAAGAGGCUCACUCAUCAUCUACCUGGAUAAGGUUUCUCACACACGACCAGAGGAGAUCACUUUUAGGAUCCAUCAGGAGCUGAAAGUGGGAGUCUUACAACCAGCUGCUGUGUCUGUCUAUGAAUACUAUGACCAAACACAUUGUGUUAAAUUCUACCAUCCAGAGAGGAAAGCUGACAAGCUACUGCUGCUCUGUGCAAAUGAUGAAUGCAGAUGUGCAGAAGAGAACUGCAGUAAGCAGAAGAAGGACAAAAUCCCCAAUGAACAGCGAACAGCUAAGGUCUGUGAAAAUACACAGACCAGCAUAAUAGAUUUUGUGUACAGAGUGAGACUGGUAAAUUUUACAGAAGAUUUGUCCACUGACAUUUUCACAGUGAAGGUACUGGAAGUCAUCAAAGAAGGAAGUCUUGAUGAGAGUCCUCUGAAUAAACAGCGCACAUUCCUUAGUUACCCCCAUUGCAGGCAGUCUUUAGAUCUGGGUAUGGGAAAAACCUACCUUAUCAUGGGCACGUCCAAAGAUAUUCACAGAGUUGACGGACCUGAAUUGUAUCAGUAUGUAUUCGGAGAGAGCACCUGGAUCGAGUACUGGCCCACAGCAGCAGAGUGUCAAACUGAGGAACACAGAAUUACCUGUUUGGGCAUGGAGGAGAUGGUUAAUCAGUACCAACUCUCUGGAUGUCAGCAGUAGUGAAACUCAAGAAAAGAAAAUGUUCAUUUAAAAAGAAAAAUAUUUUGCAUAAUUGUUAUUAUGUCAAAAUGUGCCUAUUAUGAUAUAUGAAGGCUUUCAAUGUUGCUCUGUAUUGAUUGAAAUGUAAUGGUUUUAAAUCUCAUUCUGUGUUUGACAAAUAUACACUGAUUACUGUUAUGGUAAUAACUGUAUAGUUAGCUUCAUGUUUAAUAAAUAAUUGAUUGAAAGUGA